AUGAUGGCCGCGGGCCGCCUCUGGCUGGCCCGGGGCGUCCUGGCGGGGCUGCGGCGGCAGGCGCUGGUCGUGUGCGCGGCCCGCGCCGCCUCGAGCCUCCGCCGCCCUCCCCCGCCCGUCCCCGGGCCCAGCCGCGGGCGCUCACUGACCCUGUCGGCGGCCGCCAUCGUGGACGCGGCGCCCCGCCCCCUGCAGCCCUAUCUGCGCCUCAUGCGGCUGGACAAGCCCAUCGGAACCUGGCUGUUGUAUUUGCCAUGUACCUGGAGUAUUGGCAUGGCAGCAGAGCCAGGCUGUUUUCCAGAUUGGUAUAUGUUGUCCCUUUUUGGCACUGGCGCGAUUCUGAUGCGGGGAGCUGGCUGUACAAUUAAUGACAUGUGGGAUCAGGACUAUGACAAAAAGGUUACAAGGACAGCAAAUCGACCAAUCGCUGCUGGAGAUAUUUCAACUUUUCAGUCUUUGGUUUUCCUUGGAGGACAGCUGAGCUUGGCGCUGUGUGUACUCCUGUGUCUGAAUUAUUACAGUAUAGCACUGGGAGCUGCAUCAUUGUCUCUGGUGGUCAUUUACCCUCUGAUGAAAAGAAUUACUUAUUGGCCGCAGUUAGCGUUGGGACUGACCUUUAACUGGGGAGCAUUACUGGGAUGGUCCGCCAUCAAAGGCUCCUGUGAUGUGUCUGUGUGCCUACCCCUUUAUCUCUCUGGAGUUAUGUGGACGUUAAUAUACGACACUAUCUAUGCCCAUCAGGACAAAAGAGACGAUGCCCUGAUUGGUCUCAAAUCCACUGCGCUUCGGUUCAAGGAAGACACCAAGCAAUGGCUAAGCGGCUUCGGCGUUGUCAUGCUGGGCGGCCUGACUCUGGCCGGACUAAAUUGUGACCAGACCGCGCCCUACUACGCUGCCGUGGCUGCCAUAGGGGCUCACUUGGCUCGCCAGAUUUACACCCUGGACAUCCAUAAACCUGAGGAUUGUUGGGACAAGUUUACUUCCAACCGAACAAUAGGAAUCGUGCUGUUCAUAGGGAUUAUGCUCGGAAACUUAUGGAAAGAAAAGAAACCAAAGGGGUCAAAGGAGAAUGGAGACCUUGAUUUAGGAAAUUAACAAGUGAAGUUUAGGAACGCUUCAGACCAAGAACUACAACACUUUCUCUAGUUUUGUUACCAGAAAACUGGUUUGAGUAGUCUGUCAAAGUGAGAAUGAUUGGCAGAUGACUAUUUGAGGCAUGGUCACCCAGGAAUUCCCAGGUUAAACUCUUUCGCCAGUAAAAUUCACUCCAUCUCAGGUAUUAGCAGGUUCUCAACUCUUUUGAAGCUGGGCAUAGCCCUGAAUUUUUAGAUGAACCUGUUACAUGAGAAUUCACCUUUAAAAAUCAUUGGAAUUAUACAAGCUUUAGCACCUUUUUAGAACUGUGAUGAGUAUCUCAUCCAAGAGGAAUGUAUUUUGGGAAAUGUAUUCUUUUUAGAGAAAACUCAAAUAAAAGCUGCUAUGGAAAA